GUCCGUUUGUAUCUUUUCUCUUUAUUGUUUAUGGUCCUAGAGACUUCAAUUUGUUAAGUGCCUGAUUUGUUACAGCUGGAAUUUUCGGAAAUGUGUUUGAAAUGGAUAAAAUUAUAUUUAUUCGACAAAGACUGAAGUUUAGUUGAACUACAGAGUGUUUAAUAAUGGUGUGUCGUUAGUUUUUUUAUUUGUGUUGUGAUUUUGAUGAUUGAUGUAACGAACGAAUAUACGGCAAGAUGGACGAAUUGUCUAAGGGCAUGACACAAACAGGAAGCACCGCUGUAACUGACAAAAUUCAAGAAAAUAAUGGCUCGUCGACGCCGGUGGUGUACGUGACCGAUUCUUGCUUGGAGUGGGAGCGGGUACGGGCGGCAUGCGAGAGGCUGGGCGCGGUGGCGGUAGCGCCGGGGGCGGAGGCCCUGCCGCCGCCACUGCCGCCGCCCUCGCCGCCCGCUUAUCUUGUCACCGCACACUUCAGCGGGGACCUCUUCGAUGCUGCACACAAGUCCAAGUACAGGGUGCUCGGGCCUACAGCGGUGUUGCAGCUGUCAGAUCGCGAUGAGCCACCACCUACGAACACGCGCCCAUUGUACUCGUUAGCUAUGCGAGGCGCCGUCAUUUGUUUUUCCGGCUUCCGGGACAAGGAAGAACUUACGUACCUGAUUACGUUAAUACAUUACAUGGGUGGGUCGAUACGUAAGGACAUGUCCAGUAAAGUGACCCAUCUGAUCGCGGCCGCCGCAACCGGUGAGAAGUACCGGUACGCGACGACGUUUGCGUUACCGGUACUAGACCGGUCGUGGGUGCACGCGUGCUGGGACCGCCGUGACGAUCCCGCCUGCCUCGCCACUAACGAUGACGUCAUAAAAGAGCACAAGCUGAAAGUGUUCGCUGGGGCACGUGUGUGCUUCGUCGGCUUCCCGGAGGAUGAGACACAGCACAUGACCGAAGUGCUCGCCAGCAAUGGCGGCGGCGCCUGUCAGAUCGACGAUGCCGAUUGCACGCACGUCGUAAUGGCCAAUGGGGAGACUUUCGGUCGUUCGCUUAUCCUGUCACCUCACCCGAAAACGCCUAACACCUCGACGAAACUCUCCCGAGCCACUCCCAAUCGUUCCCAAUCUACUCCCAAAAGCUCACUAUAUCGCAGGCUCUCAGCCAGGCUGUCGGGACGUCGCGACAGUCCUAAUGUACAAAGUGCCGAUGUCGACGAACAACCUAAAGACCAAAGGGAUAAAUUAAUACAAAUAGCAAGAAUCAGUAUUAGAGAUAAGCAAUUAACUAGUGUAGAUCAAACUGAUAACAGUAUUAGUUUUAUAGGAAAGUCUUUUAUUAAUGAUUUAAGCCCAAAUGAAUCUAAAAGUUCGCCGCAUGUUGAUCAUGUUGAAUUACGCAGAUACAAAUCUUCUGGCAAAGAGAACAAAAAUAUAUCUCUACUAGCAAACGACAUAGUCGGAAUGAACGUGAAGGAUAAACGUGAAGUGUUUAGAAAUAAAUCAAUGAAUAUGUUUAACUUGGUAGACUGUAUAACGGAGACUGGAUCACUUCAUUCGUCGCUCACUAAGAGUCUGUGCGAUUUAAAUCCCAAAGAUCAGCUAGGUUCGUUUCUACAGCCUACAUCGACAGCUAAUAAUGAACUACAACAAUCUACUACUACUAUCUCAUCAGGGAAAAAGAGAAGUCGAAACUCGACCGAUUCUAAUUUUCAAGUAAGCAUAGUCGAUACUAAUCUUUCCCCAGAUAAGAGUGAAGAAAGCAACUGGAAAUCGAUAAAGAGACUCAAAAUAAAGGAUUCAUUUAAGUUUAAAAAUAGACCGACUAUAUUCAAAAGAACAAAAAAGGAUUCAGUUUCUAAGGCUUCAGGUGAAAUUACUGUAGAAGCUGUAACCCCCGAUAGCAUAAAACCUACCGAUCCCGCAGGCGAAUUUAUAGCAUCCACGUCCUCUCCCAUCAGAGAAGACGACAACGCAUCUAUUUGCUCAGUGAAUACCAGUAAGCAGUCUGGAUUUUUCGAUAUAUCCUUCGCAUCGAUACGAAGCUCAAAAACGGUCAAGUCCGCAUCGAAACUAAGAAGGAGCGUGAAAUCAUUCACGGCUUCGUUCAGGAGCGAAAGGAAGAAGAAGUACGAGAAGAGAUCGGAACGAAACACCGUCGAGGUCGACGCAUGUCACCUGCCGGUCGAUUUGAGAAACGUGUCGACGCCGAAGAGAGAUUUGGACGAUAUGAAUUUGGAUAUAUCUCCUGUGCAAGUGGAUACGGUGGACAGUACGGAUAUGACUACACCUGUUAGGACUGAUGUGGACGAGUUGGACGAGCCUGCCGUAUUCAAAACGCCCCAGAGCAUCUGGCUGAGAGCUCAUCGCCACUCGAUAUGCGCGAGCGCAGAGUUACGUAACGUUCCUUCCCUCCCCGCCCCCAUAUCGCGCGACCAGCCGCCGCCCGCCUCGACGCUCCUCACCCGCGACGCUCGUGCCAUAUCGCAAUGCCAUGGAAUAUCGCUGCCGGUGGUGGACGAACAUAAUACAGUGCUCGCGCCGGAAUGCAAUGCGCGGGCGCACGUCGUCAAAGCGGAAUGGUUCUGGGCCUCCGUGCAAAAUGAAGAGGCGCAGGAUGAGAAAGACUUUUUAUACAAAGAUUACCUGAGCGAGAUGUCGCGACGGUCGUCGGUAGGGGGCGCAUGCGCGGCACCUGCGGACGAAGGGUGCUCCGGUACUCCAGGCGGAGGCUCCACUGCGGGCAACACUCCCGCGCAACUCCAACGCAUUAGGAAACGUAAACUGAUGCGAGGAGUUGACGCCGCCUUACAUAAACGACGGUCUUCAGUCAGCGAUGCUGUGUUACUGAGCCUGUCCGGAAACCUGCUGGAUUGCACUCCGUCACCUGAUGGAAAGCAACUCUUGGAAGAGUCAGAAGUACCUGAUAAUGUUGUGCGGAAGUUGAUGUCUCCACGCCAACAGGUCUUCAUGGAGCUCUUGCAAACGGAGUCCAAUUAUGUUGGCAUAUUGCAUACGAUAGUCAUGAUGUUCAAACAGCCUUUGGAAGAAAUGGUUGAAGAGGACACCAGCAGUGGGAAGAAUCAAGCGUUGCUCAACAAUACUGAACUGAAAAAUAUAUUCGGAAACCUACCGCCUAUUUAUGAAUUACACCAGCGUAUGCUGGAGGAGCUUCGUUAUGCUCAAGCCAACUGGAGCGAAGAAGUGAGCAUAGGGCGGCUAGUGCUCAAGUACACGCCGGACAUGCUUAAAGCGUACCCGCCCUUCAUCAACUUCUUCGAAAACACCAAGGAGAUGCUGCAGCAGUGCGACCGUGAGAACCCUAGAUUUCAUGCAUUCCUGAAAAUCUGUCAGACCAAACCAGAAUGUGGCCGACAAAGUUUACAAGAACUCCUAAUAAGACCCGUGCAGCGUCUACCUAGUAUAAGCUUAUUAUUGGAUGACAUACUGAAACACACACAUAAGAAUAAUCCUGAUCACGCGGCGUUGGUGUCCGCGUUAGCGGGACUACGGGAAGUGAUGUCCCACAUUAACGAGGACAAACGAAAAACGGAGGGACAGAUGCAAAUGUUCGAUAUAUACAACGACAUCGACCAAUGCCCGCCUCAUCUUGUAUCGUCGCACCGAACGUUCGUAGCUCGCUGCGAGGUGGUGGAGCUGUCUAAAGAACUAUCAGGUCGAGGCGAUCAUCUAGUACUAUUCUUAUUCACAGACACCAUGGAGGUGUGCAAGAAGAGAUCCAAAGUUUUCAAUAGUAAAAGUCCCACGAACGGCACUAGUACGAUGAGGAUAGGAUCGAGCAAGCCAUAUCGUCACAUAUCACUGAUGCCGCUCAGCACCGUCAAACGAGUCGUCGACAUCAGGGAAGCUGAAGACUGCCACAACGUGUUCGCAUUGAUGUGUCGAAGUAAUCAAGAGUUAAAAGAGAAGUUGUACUCGUUCAUGAUUACGGACGAAGCGGUGGACAAGUCCCACUUCCUGAGACAGCUCUGCCGACAGAUGGCUAACACUGUCUGCAAAGCUGAUGCGGAUAAAUUCCUAGCGUGCCUGGAGUCGCACCAGCUCGAAAUAGAUACGAGUGACCUGGCACUUAGCACGCUCUCCAAAGUAUCCAAGUUUGCUGCGCGGACCAGGAUCAAGCUGGAGGCGCUGGCGGGGCUGGGCGGAUGGCUGCGCGCGGAGCCGGGCUCCGGGCUGCUAGACACAUGGGUAUUGCGCGCUCACUUACUCGCACAGGUGGGUCGCGCGCUGUCUUUCAACAAGACUCCAUCAAAGCUGAAGCGGGCGAUGUCGUCGAUGAUCUCUCCCUUCGGAUCCACUACCAAUCUACCUGCUGCUCAGCUAGCGCAAAUGCGACUCGCUAGCUGUAAUAACAUCAAUGAAAUGGGCGCCGGUGGAGGAGCAUGCUCUGAGGGUGGCGGUGAAGCCCCACGCGUAAAGCCGCCGCCGCCCUACGCCGUUUCUGACGACGCACCGCCGCCGCCUGACUACACGCUCCCGCCCCCGCCCCCGCCCCACCUCUACCGUAGCACCUACGGAGUCCGCUACAUGCUACGUAGGUUCUACGUCACUACGUGGUGCGGUAAUAUGUCAGUGGUGGCAAGUGUGUUAACAGUGAAUGUGAAUUUGCUAAUUCAAAGACAAAAUAAAGUCGAUUUUAUGUCGAACUUAGCCCACUUACAGAGGGGCGGCAUAGUGCUAGAAGUGCCUUCAUACGCUCUGAGCGAAAUCUUCGAAUGCAGGUAUCAUUAG